AUGAACAAAUUUAAUACCUCUACAAUUCUCUUUAAGAAUCUUUCACAAGCUUUAUCAAAGCGUACAUUCUCAACAAACAUUCCAAAAGAUGUUGAAAAUAGAGUCUAUGAAUUAAGAACUUAUAGCAUUUCUUUAGAGAAUUUUGCCAAUUUUAUUUCACUUACUCAAGAGCAUAUGCAUAUGAGAGCUAAACAUUCAAAACUAUGUGGAUAUUGGAUGUCAGAGUUAGGUGGUAUCAAUGAAGUUGUUCAUCUUUGGGAAUAUUCAUCACUUGAUCAUCGUGCUCAAGUUAGAAGCAAUCUUCGUUUCGAUAAGGAUUGGAAUGAAAAAUAUAUGGCAAAAAUGAAACCAAUGGUAUUGAAACAAGAAAACAUUGUUUUAAAGGAGUUCCCAUGGGGAAAGCUCUCUUUACCAGAGAAUUUAGAUUCAAAGAAAGUUUGGGAACUUAGAACCUAUCAAAUUAAAGCAGGACAAGUACCAAAAUGGGAGGAUUUAAUUUCAAAUGGUAUUGAAGCAAGAAAGCAAUAUUCAUCACCAAGUGGAUUGUUCUACUCUGAGAUUGGAAAAUUAAAUACAGUUGUAUCAUUAUGGUCAUAUGAUAACUUUGAAGACAGAACUAAAGCAAGAAGAGCUGCUUUGGCUGAUCCAAAAUGGAGUGGAGCUGUACAAUCAUCAUAUGAAAUCACAGAGAAACAAGAAAACAAAACUCUUAUUCCAGUUAUCUUCCCAACAAAAUAA